GCUUGGACCCCGAAAUACGUUACAGCUGGGUUUUUUAUGAGCUGGUCUAGGGGAUUUUCAGAAGGGGUGGAGGAAUUUUUUCCAUUCCAGUAUGGGGGAAAGGGUGGGGGAGUUUCUUAAGAUCUGAUAUGGGAUUCUCUGCCGAGGGCAUUCUGAGCUCUGUUGUCUUUCUGAUAUGGGAUUUCCUGUCAAGGACAUUCUGCAGUUUUUCCUGUAAAGUUCAGCUCUUAUUCACAGGGCCCUAAGAUCGCUGUACUUGUGCUAAUGCUAAACUUGAGGUGGAAUGGCCUUAAUUUUCUCGGCCUCCACAGUGGUUAAUGAUGUGUGAAUAUGCUCAGCUCCAUCUUUCCCAGGUCAGCCGCUGGAGCUUCUUGUCUCCCUGCCUGGGUCAGGGCAUCUCAGGGCUGCCCAGGGCCCUGCCCCCUGUCGGAUGGUGUUCCUGGGACUGUUAGUGGCUGGAGUGGAGCAGGGUAUAGGGGAGGCCUCCCUUUGAGCUGUUCCUCUGGGCGGUUCUGCACACAUGAGACUCCAUCCUCCUGCAGAAGUUGGGAGGGAUCAGGUUGGUGGGUGGCUGCUGAGACCCAUACAGGCACCUGCUGGGGAUGGAAAUAGGGGGCAGCUGGCAAGGAGCUGGCAUCCAGUUUUCUGGGCCAGUUUUAAGACCAGCCAUUACGACUCUGUGGCUUCUUUCAUCCAAGGAUCUCAGACUGGUUUGAAAGUGGACUCCACAGUAGAAAGCAGUUAAUUACAACCCGGAGCCCACAGUCUGGUUUGCAGACACGCUGUUGUGAGUAGGAGGCACUGAGACCAAGUGCACACCAGGCCCCGUAAAUGUGGACGAUGGAAUCCAAUUAAACUGGGUGUUUGGGAAAUUUGCUUUGUAGUUCGGUUAAGUGGUACCUAAAUCAAGGGGACGCAGGAGACUGAGGUACUGCUUCUUUCUCCCAGUGGGCUUGGCUGUGCAUCUCCCACAAACCACAGGUUCUCUAGGCACAUCAGGGAGAGCACUGACAGCUCUGGAAAUUUCCAUAAAAGCUGGGUGGGGGGAGUCAGGGGCCGAGUGCAUCUGAGCAGGAGGCCCUGGACUCUUUCAGAUGGAGCUGUCAGCUGACACAGGUCAGACGCAAAGAAGGGAUGGUGGCUGUGGCAGAUAGUGAAUGAGUCACAGACUGACACAGGUGACUUCUGGCCCCAUCUACAGGAAAUGCCUAGGUAGAGCAUCUGUUCCAUGUGGGCCUCACUUCAUCGUGUUAUGGUCCAGGCUUCCAGGUGGAAGAAAGCAGAGGAAUUCCUCCAUAAGGCUCUCUCCAUACUUCCCUGUGUCCACAGUCCACAACAUGGAGAAAAGGCAGGGGACCAAGAGUGACCAAGGGCCCUUCUCUGGCCCGCUUGUCACUUGCUCCAGAGGAGGUAUGCACCUCACCUCAUAGCCUGGAAGACACCUGCCUGGACACUGGCCCAUGUUGGGCCUCCCAAUCCAUAGGCUGAGAGUGAUGGAACAGCCAGAGCAGCAGAUACCUGCCCCCUUCCUUGCCCUGAAAGAAACCCAGAAUCAUCUUCAGAUAGGGAUUACACAGCGGAGGGGUUUAAAGACCUCAGAGAAUGAGAACUUUAACUUGAGAUGCCUGGCAGUCAGAGGCCCCAGAGAAGAGCUGUGCCGGGGUCCAGUAAGGGCUGCCCUGAGGAUGAGCAUGUUGUGUCACAAAUGAGGUAAGAAAUUCUGGGUGAGUAGCAAAAAUCACAUUCUAAUGAGAUUAGCUUUCUGGAAGAGGAAUAGGCUUUCCCAAGAGUAACAUGCCAACACCCCAUGGAGAGUGUAUAUAAACACUCCAGAGAGGCCUUGAGAGUCUAGAACUUGGGCUCCUUGCUGAACUGCGACCUGCUUCUGCUAGGAUCAUGGCCACCCAGGGCUGCUCCCCGGUCUUCUCCUCUGGGUCUGUCAAGGGCCUGUGUGGCACAGCAGGUGGCCUCUCUCGGGUGUCCUCUGUCCGUUCUGUGGGCUCCUGCAGGGUCCCCAGUCUUGCUGGUGCUGUGGGGUCUGUCUCCUCUGCCAGGCUGGGCCUGUCCAGCCUCGGGAGCUGCUUGCCAGGCUCCUACCUAUCUGCUGGGUGCUACCCCUCUGGCUUUGUUGGGAGUGGGGGCUGGUUCUGCGAGGGCUCCUUCAAUGGCAGCGAGAAGGAGACCAUGCAGUUCCUGAACGACCGCCUGGCCAACUACCUGGAGAAGGUGCGCCAGCUGGAGCGGGAGAAUGCGGAGCUGGAGAGACGUAUCCGGGAGUGGUAUGAGUCUCAGAUCCCAUACAUCUGCCCAGACUACCAGUCCUAUUUCAAGACCAUUGAGGAGCUCCAGCAGAAGAUCCUGCUGACCAAGGCUGAGAACGCCAGGCUAGUCCUGCAGAUUGACAACGCCAAGCUGGCUGCUGACGACUUUCGGACCAAGUACGAGACGGAACUGUCCAUGCGGCAACUGGUGGAGGCUGACACCAACGGCCUGCGCAGGAUCCUGGAUGAGCUGACCCUGUGCAAGGCGGACCUGGAGUCCCAGGUGGAGUCUCUGAAGGAGGAGCUGCUCUGCCUCAAGAAAAACCAUGAGGAGGAAGUCAACACCCUCCGUUGCCAGCUCGGGGACCGACUGAAUGUGGAGGUGGAUGCUGCCCCCCCAGUGGAUCUCAACAAGAUCCUGGAUGAUAUGAGAUGCCAGUAUGAGGCCCUGGUGGAGAAUAACCGUAGAGACGUGGAGACCUGGUUCAACACUCAGACGGAGGAGCUGAACCAGCAGGUGGUGUCCAGCUCAGAGCAGCUACAGUGCUGCCAGACAGAGAUCAUCGAGCUGAGACGCAACGUCAACGCCCUGGAGAUCGAGCUGCAGGCCCAGCAUAGCAUGAGGAAUUCCCUGGAAUCUACCCUGGCGGAGACCGAGGCCCGCUACGGCUCCCAGCUGGCCCAGAUGCAGUGCCUGAUUGGCAACGUGGAGGCCCAGUUGGCCGAGAUCAGGUGUGAUCUGGAGCGGCAGAACCAGGAGUACCAGGUGCUGCUGGACGUCAAGGCCCGGCUGGAGUCAGAGAUCGCCACCUACCGCCGCCUGCUGGAGGGCGAGGACUGCAAGCUGCCGGCUCACCCUUGUGCCACGGAAGGCAAGCCUUCGAUUAGGGUGCCUUAUGUCUCCACCAUGCCCUGUGCUCCAGCUGUGCCCUGUGGCCCAGCUCCGCAGGUCAGCACCCAGAUCCGCACCAUCACGGAGGAGAUCAGAGAUGGGAAAGUCGUCUCCUCCAGGGAACACCUGCAGCCCUGCUCACUGUAGCCAGCCCCUAGAAGGACACUCCUGUCACUCCCGGCUCUACACGACCCCCUAUUCCCUAGAGGGGCUCCCCGCUCAGCAGAUUUUUUUCUACCAAAAUACUUCUUAGAUUGUGUUUCUGGACUUAAUUGCUUUUGUGCUAUGCAAAACUAGGUUCCCCUGGAAAUAUACCCAAUAAAGUGUAUUCUCUUGGCAUUGCAAA